AAAUCCCGCUCACCCCAGCCCACCGGAAAUGGAAUCCAUUCCUCUCCUCUCUUUCUUCAGUCUCUAUUCCCUCUUCAUGGCCCAUAGUUUUCCAACUUUUCAAUCCCCUGUCUUCGUUGGAAACUUUUUAUGGCAUCUUGCCUCCCUCCCUCCUCUCCCCACCUUGCACUUGCACGGCCACGUUCAUCUUCUACCGAGAGAUACUCCUCCGCGCAAUCUCUUUCUCUCUCUCUCUCUCUAACUUUGUGUACCAUACUCUUGACCAAUCCCUUGACUUACUGUCUCCUAGCUGCCUGUGUUUCCAUCAUCAGAAAAAUUCCUUCUCUUAUCCCAUUUUCUGGCACAACUAUCCUAGUGUUCUCCCUUUUUGUUCAGUUUCUGGUUUUUCCAGGGGUACCCAUUUCCAGAUAUCUUUUGGUGGUGUUCUAGUGUUUGUGCUGUUCUUUUUUCAAGGAUUUAUUAUUUUGGUCUUUCUUGGUAUGUUGUUUGCCAGGCUUCUGGUUUUUUUCAAGUGGUCUUUUUAGACAAUCUUCAACAGAAUUCUCAGAUAAUUGCGGGUUUCUGAUGUUUUGAUUGUUUCCAUUUCUGACCAUCUCUACCAGAAGUCUUGGUUUCCUCUAGUACCACUUCCUUUUUUUCCCCUUUCAAAAACCUGUGGAAUCUGGUUUAUUGGGUCCCCCUUUUUCUAUUUCUUUCAUUAGUUGGUUCAUUUAUCGAAUAAGUUUGUCGAUUUUCUUGUUUUUUUGACUGUGUUUUGCGUUUAUCUCUAAAACUGUUGGUACCUUUCUCGAAGUACCCAACUGUUGGUUUUCUUUGCUCUGCUGCUUUUUGAUUGGAGUAGUAUCUUCUCGGUUUCUCGAGUUUUAGCUUUCCUCGAUGAGGAUUGAAAGGAACUUGAUCAGUAACACAAUAGACGGCUUGUAUGAUCUGCCGCCGAGGAAGAAGGUCUCUGAUAAGAAAGGGAAAAAGCAACGCAAGAAGCAGAAGCGUGCCAUGCUGAAGAAGCUCCAUGAGGCAUGCAUUGGUGCCUUCCUUGGGCCUGGAACCAUUCCUCCCUCCCAUAAGAUUCAGCAAAUGACUUUAAUUCUAGAUGACAUGAAGCCGUCAGAUCUGGGGCUGAGUGAGGAUAUGCCAUACUUUACGAAUCCUAUCCCUGGAUUGACUCCAAUGGUGACAAUGAUGCCUGUCUUCAAGUGUGAUAACUUCUCAAUUUGCAUCUUCUGCUUACCUCCGUCUGCUGUCAUCCCGCUGCACAAUCACCCAGGCAUGACUGUUUUCAGCAAGCUUCUUUUUGGUUCCAUGCACGUCAAGUCAUAUGACUGGCUCACUAGCAUGAACGAAUCAAGCGGUCCUGGAAGCGAGCUUGACUCCCAGGUGAUGGAAAUAACUGCAAGCAAGGGCAGUCCUCGACUGGCAAAGGUUCAUUUUGAUGGUGUUUUUACUGCAGAAUGCAAUACCUCCAUACUUUAUCCUACUACUGGAGGCAACAUGCACUGUUUCCGAGCACUCGAACCAUGUGCAAUUCUCGAUGUGCUUGGACCACCAUACUCAGAAGCCGAUGGCAGGGACUGCAUGUAUUACCGCAGCUUGCCGCUGCACCCAAGUCGCUCAGGAGAUGAUGGUAGAGCACGUGGUGUUGUCUAUGAGCUGCUGGAAGAGAUUAAGAAGCCUGAUGACUUUUUCUUUCUCGGUGCUGAAUACAGAGGUCCGAGACCAAUGUGAAGAUACUGGAGGUGGGAAAAUAAGUGUUUUUUCUCAGGGUUUAACUGCAAGUUGCUAGUUCUACACAGCUUGUGUAUAUACUAAAAAAAGUGGAAAAGGUAAAAGAGGGGGAGCAAAGAGGUACCUCUCUCUUUUUCUUUUCUUUUCUUCUCUUUUUUUUUUUGUCUUGCGGGCCUUGAGGUGAAGGUGUUUCCUUUUUUUUUUUUUUUUUUUUCCCUGCCGCUUUCUGUUUUUUGGUGUCUCAAUGUAUUAAACAUUUUUGUUAUCUUGACUGAAGUGGUUUUUGGUAAAAAUUGUCACGUGUUGCUUGUUUCCUGGGAAA